UUUGUUUUGUUUUUUUCAAAGGGAAGGCGAUUGCUGACAAGGGGAAUCGUGAAAACAGCGUUUUUUUAGGAGAACAAAAAGAACGAGUAAUGUUUGACGAUUGAUUUUAUUUUCUUGUAUCAAUUCGUUUUUCUCCUAAAAAACUAGACUUGUUUUGUUUUAAAACAAAUACGGGGUAUGAUAUUAAUAUGGCUUGUUUAUUGUAAAGCGAUGCGGUGGAAAUCGUAAAUAAGUAAAGCUUUUAAUGGGGCACACUGAGUUAGCCUUAUAAAAACAACUGGUCAGAAAAUAUAUUCUUCGUCUUACACAGUAGACGUGGGUUGCCUGAAUACUGCAUGAAGUUCUGAUCAAUUCAUUAUGGUUAAUUGUAAAUAUUGCAAUUCGUUCUGUAAAUAGUGGAAGAACUCAUUUAAAUUAUUAUUAUUAUUAUUAUUAUUAUUAUUAUUAUUAUUAUUAUUAUUAUUAUUAUUAUUAAUAGUAAGCAGUUAGUGCUGUUUAGGAAGCCUGUCAAGGUGCAGAACGUCUCCAUGGUGUUGCGCAAGCUCCUCAGGAAGCGUUGGGUUCUCGGGGUCGUUUUUGGACUGUCCCUCAUUUACUUCCUGACCAGCACCCUCAAGCAGGAGGAGAGGACUGUACGAGACCGGGUCCUUCUGCAAGCCAGGGACCCCGACCACCGCAUUGACUGGAAAGUGCACUUUAACUUGGGAAACAGCAGCCGUCAAAUCAACCAGUGUAGGAACUCCAUCCAGGGCAAGGUUCUCCUCACAGACGAGCUGGGUUUUGUCUGUCAGCGGGAGGAUCUGCUGGUGAACGGCUGCUGUAAUGUCAAUAACCCCAGCACUAGCCAGUACCUCUGCAAGAGCUGCUCGUCCAAUGGCUGCUGCGGUGUGUAUGAGUACUGCGUUUCCUGCUGUCUGCAGCCAGACAAGCAACAGCUUCUGGAGCGCUUCCUGAAUCGAGCAGCAGAAGGCUUUCAGAAUCUCUUCACAGCUGUCAAGGACCAUUUUGAAUUGUGUCUGGCCAAGUGUAGGACCUCCUCCCAGAGCGUUCAGCAUGAGAAUACCUACAGAGAUCCCAUGGCCAAGUACUGCUAUGGGGAAAAUCCACCAGAACUGCUCCCAAUUUAAUUCUGAAGUCUUCUGUGAAUCAAGGAUGGAAAACGUUACGUGUACACGCACAAGGUGUGGGAACUGGUGAAGAGAAGUACCAUGUGGGAAAACACAAUCUCAUCCUCAUUUCUUAAAUAGCUGUGACUCAUCCAGGCAGUAUUAACCUGUCCACAUGGAUCAUGAACAAUUGCAGCUGGCUCUUCCUGCUUGCCGUUACACUGUCAAAGGUGGGGACUGUACUGUGCACGUCAAGCAAAAUAAAUAUAACUCACCUCAGUAGUACUGCAGCAAAGUGUCUGGUAGACCACCCACUCAACGUAGGGUUCAGAAUGUUCCUUCAGAACCUUUUAUUCUAAAAAUAUUAAAAAAAGGUCAGGGAGUUCAUUAGUGGAGGCAUCCAUACAUACUGCAUGUCACACUUCAGAGUUUUCUAGAUUUCUAAUGAACAGCUUGCCCAAUUGUCAUGAGACAGAAAUCCAGAGGAUGUGGGUGUUUUCGGUUCACAGUAAGGCCUUUUGGACGACAGCCCGAUGCAAAGUAAUGAAAGAAAAAUGUUACAGUUCCCAAUUUCAUUUUGCCCAAGCCAUUCAUUUUCUUUGAUGCUCAUUAAUUUGUUGUCUCGCUAGGGGAAGACAAUGGACUUGACAUCUCUGCACUGGGGAGCAUGUCCCAUUCAGAGCGCUCCCACAACACCGCCCCUGUGUCUGCUGCUUGUAUGUGACGCUUUUCUGCUAAAUAGGAAGAUUUUAUUUGGGUCUUGGAUAAGUUUGGCAUUGGCAAGGGAAAUAAUACAAAAGCAAUUCAUCUUCUUGACUGCAAAAAAAAAACAAAUCUGCAUUUUAAUUAGAAAUUAAUAUAAAGCAGAUCAUAUGUUUAUGUGGUGGUGUUUUGUUUCUGAUAAUUUGAUUAAUGACUUUAUAAAGAGUUUUUUUAAUCAGUGAGAAAACUUUCAGCAUGUGUGUAGCUGUGUUUUCAGCCUGCAUCAAACUGCGUAUAAUGUAAAUCAGGGUAUUAAAAGUACAGCAAGGCAACUCA